AUGUUUCUCUUCUCGCAGAUUCAGAAGUACGUGGCCAAGACGUCGAACAAAGUGCAGCUGAAGGUGGACGAUGGAGAGAAGGGGCGGUUCCUGCAGGCGAGCUGCGCCUUGAAGGCAGGCGAAGUGAUCCUGUCGGAGAGGCCCAUCUUCGAAGGUAACACCACGGGCACGAGAAGCCAGAAAGUCUACUGCGAGGCAUUUCUGGAGAAGCAGCUGUCACCCCGCAACUCUUCCAAGGGUGGUGGCUUGGAGGAGCUGCCCGAAUUUGAGGAGUGCUUUCAUCCACGAAGUCCUCUCAUUGAUUGCAUUGCGGGCGUGCUGUUGUGCAAGAAGCGUGCAAAAAAUGAGGCUCUGGAGCAGGACACGCGAGAAGCAGCUAAGAUCCAGCUGCAGAAGCUGUGUUCCCUGUGUCGAAGCACUGCUCAGUCAGAAGCCAACCAUCGGGAGUGUGCGGAGGACUUGUGGGGUGCCUUGCGGAAGGACUUUCAGGAGCUGACAUCAAUCGAGGAGCUGACAUACAUCCUCCAGAUCCUGAGCAGCAAUCGCUUCGGAUACAGCGAGCAGAGCAUGGAGCUGAUGUUUGCAGGCAGCAUGUUUGAGCACUCCUGCCUGCCGAAUUGCUUCUUGGGGACAUGGCAGACCAAAGAUGGAGAAGCGGGUACACAAACUUACCGUGCCCUCCGUGACAUCAAAGCGGGCGAAGCUUUGUCUAUCGACUACCUGAACUUCCCUGCUGGUUAUUGCCCGGCAGCUGCACGUGCAAAGGCAUUGCAAGGAUGGGGAUUUUCAUGUACAUGCCCCAGGUGUGUGUCCUUGCCGGAGGUGGAACGCAGCUUUGUUUGUCCUGCCUGUGGCGAGCCCCAGCUUUGCCCAAGCCAUCCGAACAGCUCAGGGAUGGGCUGCCUAUCUUGCGGCAAGGCUCCAGAGGCCGACUACGUCGCUCGAUGUAUAGACCGCGAGGCCAAAUUGGCACAAGCUCAUUCCCGUAGUCCGGCCGCGGAUGACGAUGCCUUGCAGGCUGACGACGAGGAAGAAAGCUUACUCGGAUUUCAUCAUCAUUUGGUCUUCCAGGCUUUGUGGCAAGAAGCAGAGCAGGGCCUGCCAGAAGGGGAAGACCUGCCAGCCUUCCAGCAAAUCUUGGAGGCGUUGAUCGAAAGCAUCUCCAGCGUGUGCAGACGCAAAGAGCAUCCCGCUAUGCUGGACUUCUACCACAUGGCCGCGCUGUCCACGCAUGAAGACUUGGAGGUGCAGAAGAAGUACCUGGAACAUGAACAUUGCAUUUUGCCUGGCUCUCGGAGAAGGGGAAAUCAGAGGAAGUCCGAGGCUCUGGGAAGAUUUGCCUUCGCCGUCCGGACGGAAUCACAAGCUGUUUAUGGAUUAUAA